AGGAGAACAGAUGAGGAAGCACAAGUUUGGUGAAGAAAUCGUGUUCUAAGAUGUCAGAGGGAAUCUUCGAAUUUGAAGGGAAUGUAACUAGCACAAAUAUUGAUUGCCCAUUAUAUGGCAAUGUAGGAGCUGACAAGCCCAAACCAGGUGGAGUCGUCAUUCAACAUUCAGAUUCAGCGUAUUGUCAGGUGUGGAAAAGACCUUCUGGAGUUGCUGCAUUGUGUCUGGGACUGCUGUGUGUUCUGCUACUGGCUGGGAUCAUAGGACUGUCAGUCUCCUAUGGCGUCAUUGGCCAUCAAUACUUCACUGAAAGAGACAAACUACAGACCAGCAACAAGAACCUGACUGAAGAAAGAGACCAGCUACAGACUAGAUACAAAACCCUGAUUGAAGAGAGAGACCAGUUACAGACUAAUUACAACAACCUGACAAAAAAGAGAGACCAGCUACAGAGAGACAGAGAAAUCUUCCAGAGGUUAUUGGUGAAAUGUCCAAAUGGAUGGAAAGUGUUUGAUAACAGCAUCUAUUACAUCUCCACGGAGCAAAAUAACUGGGAAUAUGCCAACCAAGACUGUCUGAAGAGAGGGGCACAGCUAGUCAUCAUAAACAACCAAGAGGAACAGAUAUUCCUCAUUACAUUAAACAUACGUUCUUGGAUCGGUCUGACUGACGUUGAGACUGAGGGGACCUGGAAAUGGGUGGACGGCACACCUCUGACUACAGUGUACUGGGGAGAAAAAGAGCCUAAUAGUGGUGGUAAUGAAAACAAAGAUGAGGACUGUGCAGAGAUGAAUAAUAUUUGGUAUAAUGAUCCUGUUAAGAAAUGGAAUGACUUUACAUGUAACACACAACUUAACUGGAUUUGUGAAAAACCCUUUUAUUAACAAUACUUUUUUAUCUACUAUACAAUCAGAAUGCAUUAAGACAGUACACAAAUAAUAAACAAU